AAACUUUUCCAUGAGCACCUUACAACUUCUUGAAUUGUGCUCAAUGUUUGCAAAGAGCUCUUCCACAGACACUUCCACACUUGCCAAUUUUUCUGCCCUGAAAUAAGGUGAGGUGUUAGGGCUGCAUCUUUCCCAGCCUGGUGUGGAAGGGGAAAUGCAGUCCCUUCGUUUUCCAACUCAUCACCAGUGCUUACUGUCAUCACAUUCACUUCCCAGUCAUCACUGCCGGCUGAGCAAGCAUGGCAGCUGGAUCUGUAUAAUUUAGUACAUUUUUUAAAGUUAAUCUUGCAAUUUAAGGUUUGAUACAUGACUCAACUUUCAUAAAAGUUCCCAGUGCCGAAAAGAAAGGGGGAAUUUCAGUUUGUCAUUUGUUUUUCUUGUUUUUAAUCCAGAAUUGAAUAUUUUGUGUGUUUAAAUGUUUUAAUAACAGGCGUUUUGUGUCCAUGGCACACGCAGAAUUAUCAGAAGCAAAAGCAUUUUCAGUGUAACUCGAACACUGUUCAACAAAUACCCACCAAAUGCCUCAAAACAACAUUGGCAUGGAGCAGGCAACUCAGGUAACACAUCAAGGCUCCCCACACAAACCUGCUCGGGUCGCUGGCAUGUUUGAGAAGGAUGGAGAACUUACCAUGGAGCGGAAAAAAAAGAGGAAAAGGGAGCCAAGGCCAGAGUCGAUUAUAAUCUACCGUACAGGCAGCGAGAAGGUUGAGGAAGACAAACAAGAUCCGGAUAGUGCAACGAGGAACACUGAAGAAAGGACAAACUUCCUAUGUCCUCCAGCUGUAGAAGGUGGCUGGAGCUUGCCUGCUGACAGCAGAUGUGUAACCCUCACUGGCACCAUCACCCGGGGCAAGAAAAAAGGACAGAUAGUGGAUAUCCACGUCACACUAACAGAGAAGGAACUCCAGGAACUGGCCAAGUCUAAGGAGAUCCUGCAGUCAGAGGAAGAAAGGAAGAAGCAACCAUGUGAUGUUGGACUGUACUGGGGCCCUCAUGCAGUGCUCUGGGGCCUGCUUUGUGCUCCUGUGGUCUUUCUGUUGUCUUUCAUUGUUUCCUUUUACUAUGGGACCAUCACCUGGUAUAACAUUUUCUUGGUCUACAAUGAAGAACGCACCUUCUGGCAUAAGAUCACAAUUUGCCCCAUUCUAAUUGUGUUUUAUCCGGUACUAAUCACAGUGAUCUCAUUGUCCAUCAGUGUCUACACAGCCAUAACACAGGUUUCCUGGUCAUUUGCUGAGUGGUGGCAAGACGUGCGGGACAUGGAGAAAGGCUUCUGUGGCUGGUUGGCUGGAAUACUUGGACUGGAGGAUUGCUCCCCGUACAGCAUCGUAGAGCUACUGGAGUCUGACAAUGUUUCGGGUAGCCUGUCGGGAAAGGCAGCAUCAGCCGGAGAGCAAACGUCUGCUGUGUAACCAGUGAAGAUCCAGAGAGAUGGAAGCUGCCCAACACUACGAAGAAACUAAAUGAAGGCACUAUUUAGUUCAGACCUUCCUUGAAUUUACUGUAUGGAUCAGAGAAUAUAUGCAUGUAACUAAAGAAGUAGGGUCUCGACCCGAAACGCCACCUAUUCCUUCGCUCCAUUCAUGCUGAGUUUCUCCAGCAUUUUUGUCUACCUGCAUGCAACUAACGUUUGUUUUAAAAUGUGAACUAUUUGUAUAUUUGCAAGAGUCGGCUGUUGAAUCAGAGUGAGCCUGAUACCUGCCAUUUCCCACUAAUAUGAAGUUUAAUUCAACCAGCCAACUCUGCCUCACCUACAAGUAGCCCCCCUGGUGAAGGACCAAAGUUACUCACCUGGCAGAUGGUACAAAGUCUGAAGAAGGGUUUCGACCCAAAACCUCACCCAUUCCUUCUCUCCAGAGAUGUUGCCUGUCCCGCUGAGUUACUCCAGUAUUUUGUGUCUACCUUCGGUUUAAACCGGCAUCUGCAGUUCCUGCCUACAUAGGGUGGUACAAAUGAUGGUUUUUGGGGCAAAUUGAAGUUUUGGAUAUUGAACUCGAUGUAUGUGUGUAUUUAUUUAUUUAUUUAACAGUGCUAGCCUGUCCAGGUGCUAAUCUGAGUGUUUUCAUCUGUUUUUUAAAAUAACGUAGAUGUGUUUUUAGUACUUAUCAACUUGUAAGUAAAAGCUAAAUGAAUGUUUUUUACAGUAUAAUUGAUAAAUGGUUUCAAUGUCAAUACUGCAAGUUAAACAUAACAUCUGCGGUUUAAGACAAAUCUACGGGAAAUUUAACACACUACAACACUAUUAUUUUAUUUGGGGUGAUCUGCUUACAUCAUGAAUAUGGGCAGGUCCAGCGAUAGAUUUUGUAUGGUUUCUAUAAAUAUAAUGAGGUCAAGAUUUACUGAACCAUUCAUGUACAACGUUAAAACCUUCAGCACUAAUACUGUGGCACGAAGCAUUUUGUACAAUAAAUGUAUCAUAUAUAACAA